GGUGCAAUGAACACAGCGAUGCGAUUUUAGAGUCGAUUCGACCACGAUGACGGUAACAUCACGGGUUCUGGCGUUAUUCAUUGUAAUCGAAAUCGUUUUCGGUUGCGACACGCCUCCGUGGGUGCUGAAAAGAGCCGAUCCGGGUAGCAGCGCCGUGUCGUUCUACAACAACACCGUGUCCAAUUCGUACAUGUUGGCCCGAUGGACUUGGACGGACUCGUCCGGCGGCUUUUGGGAUACCAGGAUAAGAGUGACGAUGGACAAAGAAGAGAUCAUCGGCGGCGGGUUCACGUACUCCGACCAGUACGAGAAUGAAUUGGCGUCCGUCAGGUGGUACAGGAUCAAAGCGGACGGACCGAUCAAAUGGAAGUACACAUCGUUCGCUUCGCCACCGGACAGCUGGUGGAUGGAUUCGGUGGUGCCGGUCCAGGGCAACAUGACGUGGGGCUUCAAAAAUCAGAUCACCGACGGUUCGUGGGUGUUCAGAGUCGGUAACGAUACGCUGGAACCGAAAAACGCUCAGUCCGCGGACGAAUGGUCGUCGCAAGGCGUGCGAAACCGAUGGAAGCGAUCACCGAAAGCACGCGAUAAGGUGGACGCGGAGAGCUCGGGAGACAAACAAAACUCCAAAACCCGAACAGCGAAUCCAAGCGCUCUAGGCAAACAGGAUGAUGGAGGAGAAGAUAUUUUUCAAUCGAUUAUCGGUCAUUUCAUGGACUUCUUUGAAAAGUUUAAAAUGAUAAGUGAGGACAUUGUCACAAACCUCGGAUAGCAACGAUCAGCGAAUUGCGAUGGACGAACGGCCUACAUCACUCCUCGACUAUACACUGUGCUUUUGAAUUGUUAUUUUAGACACAAUAAUACGUUCGACUGCGUUCGUUACGUUAUUAUUAAAUUUGCACGCAUAAUUAUACUUUGAACGACUUUUAUUACGUGUUAUCAUCGAAACACGUUGCACUAAAUAUGUAUUUAUUUUUUUUUAUCUAGAACAUUAAGAAAAAUAAAAGUUUUAUGUAACGUGUUCAAUCAA